AUGGGGGGGGGGCAAAAAGGAAGUAAAUCUGAAUUGAUCACGUACAUUUUUCUACCAUUUCAAAGCAAAUGGUUUUACGUUGGAACGGAAAAGGGAAACAUUCACGUUGUCAACAUAGAAUGUUUUACAUUGUCCGGAUAUAUUAUUAAUUGGAAUAAAGCCAUCGAAGUUUCUAGAAAAACUCAUCCCGGUUCCGUCGUUCACAUAAGCGACAACCCGCAGGAUCCGAGCAAACUUUUAAUAGGAUUCGAAUCCGGACAAAUCGUCCUGUGGGAUUUAAGGUUGAAAACCGCCGAAGCAAGAUGGAAUUCACCGGAACCGUUAAAAUCCAUUUCUUGGCAUCACGAAGGAAAACAAUUUAUAUGCAGUCACGCCGACGGUUCUUUGACAACCUGGAAUUCCAGGCAGGGAACCAAACCCGUGAGCGUGACUUUUCCACACGCAAAAGCAAACAAAGAUGGAAAAUUGGAAUCGUGUAAACCCAUACAAAAAGUUGAAUGGAAAUCUUCUAGAAACACGGGGGAAGCGUAUAUAAUAUUUUCUGGAGGUUUACCGCAUGAUAGAGCUGGAAGAACACCAAGUAUUUCUGUCGUUCACGGUAAAACGACGACGGUUUUAGAAAUGGAGCAAAACGUUAUUGAUUUUAUCACAUUGUGCGAAAAUCCAUACAGCAAUGAUUUUCAAGAUCCCUACGCGAUCAUCGUUCUCCUCAAUAACGAUUUAGUCGCCAUUGAUUUAUUGACUCCGGGAUAUCCCUGUUUUGAAAAUCCUUAUCCGAUGGACAUACAUGAAUCACCGGUCACUUGCUGUACUUAUUUAGCGGAUUGUCCGUCGGAUUUGAUACCCGCAUUUUAUUCCGUUGGAUCUCGAAUACAAAAAAAAACCGGUUUCAGCGAAAAAGAAUGGCCCAUCGGCGGCGGAGAAUGGAUACCGACAAGUUGCAGUUACAACGAAAUCAUAUUGACCGGGCACGCCGAUGGAAGCGUUAAAUUUUGGGAUGCAUCCGCUGGAACAUUACAAAUAUUAUACAAAUUAAAAUCUGCAAAAAUAUUUGAAAAACCGAGAGUUAAAAGUUCGGAUGGAAGCGGAGCACCGGAAGAAGAUCCAUUUGCCAUACAAUUAAUAUCACUAUGUCCGGAAAGUAGAAAACUUUGCAUUGCUGGAACGAGCGGACACGUUGUAGUAUUCAAAUUUAAAAAACUUGAAUCCACAUCGGAAACUCACGUAUUGGAAAUUCCGAUAAGUUACGAUUCCGCAGAAGAAGUCGAAUUUUCUCCAGAUCACGAAUAUCCGGCACGUCCACAUUUAAGCAGUGCAACAAAAGGGGAUUCGGGAGAUGGAGAUUCAAAAAAAUCAUCACAAGAAAUCGUUUUCCCGCUUAAAGUUAAAACGGGACCGCAAAAAAAACAACCUGGAUUUCAAGCUCACAUUAUUUGUUUGACGCCCUGGAUUAAUGGAGAACCUCCUGGACCCAUCACAGCUCUUACAAUUAAUUCAUCAUACGGCUUGAUGGCCUACGGUAACGAUGCCGGAUUAGUGAUUGUUGAUAUCGUUCAAAAAAUUUGUCUUAUCAGCAUGGGAACUCCCGAUUUAUACGGUAACGCGGAUCCUUAUCAGAGAGCACCGAGAAGUCCUAAACGUCCCGGUCCAGUUGAAAAUUUCCCAGAGGAUAGAUGCAGAUCUCCGACCGCCGAUCAAACUCCAAAUUCAAGUUUGCUGGUGCCUCCAGUACCCGAUGUCACGGUUAUAUCUCUCACGAGUCCGGCACUUAACGCAAUGCAAGAAUGGAAUAAAGAUUCGGAGGAAAUGGGAAAAUUUUCACACACGAGCGAUGGGGGAAAUCAUAAUACCUCAUCGUCUCAAGUGUCUUCGCCGACGGGGGAAAACGUGGAAGAAUCCGAAGAUUGUGGUGGAACCGUUACGGAAUCCUCGGUUUCGUCACACGUCGAAUCUUCGACUUCUCACGCCGAACCCGCCAUAACGAGUUUACACAGUCUCACGACAAAAGUCACAAUCGCGAGAAAAGCGAGUCAAACGUGGAAAGGUUUCAGUUUGAAAAAGCAAUUGAAUCGUGUGAAAAAAAAUUCAUUGCUUUCGAAUAAGGAAAAAAUAUGCACCCCGAGUAGUCAUUCGGGUAAUUUGUCACCGACGGAAGAAUCUUCAUCCUCAUCGGAUCAUCAUCAUCAUCAACAUCGUAAAGAGUCGGAUUCUCACGAAUUCGACGAUGUUUCGUACGUGGAAAAUAAUUAUCAUCAUUACUCGAAUAGUGAAAAAAAUGUAGACGAUAGAACUUUAGAGGAAACGUGUACUCCUGACGAUGCCAAAGGGGACGACCCCAAACUCCGAAGACUGAAUCGGCCAAUCGACUUACCACUUUUUGACAAUGACGGUCGACCAGCUCUCCCUGAGGGAUCUGCGACGGAAGCAACAGACAACAACAGGCGGCUCACAGCCUUCGUUCGGAAAUCUUCUAAUUCGUCAUUUCAGUAA